AUGGUGAAAAAAAGAAACCAACACCUUCAAAUAGACACACACGCUCCUUCCACACUAAGCAAUGUUAAAGAGGAUACCGUAUUAGAAAACUUUGAUCAUGGCUGGAAUCCCUUAUUCUCCUUCACGCCUAUUAAUAAAGAAACAAAAAGAUAUUCUACUUCAAUCAUUCACUCGGCAGUUGAACAGAGACAGUUUGACGUCAAAAGAAGUCAUCAUCGUUCAGCAAGUGCGGAUAAUGAAUUGGCCAGUAGUCUGCCACGAGUAUCCUCUGUUCCCGAAUUAAACCAGACUUCCAUAAAGCCUCUUACGAAAAACGCAAGCCAGAGAAAGCGGUGGUUUCAACUACCUAGGAUGACGUUAAAGAGAAAUCCAUCGACGCCUGUUCGUCGAAUGGACAGUGGAACAAAAAUAGCAGCCAUUGAGCCGCCUGAACCACCACCAAGGCUCUUGUUCAACCUCCAGUGGUCUUCGGAAUAUAUGGCAGCGUCACCUCUGAUAUGGAAUAGUGAUGAUAAUAGUAGUAAUAGCAUAAGCACACCGACAUCACCAACAAUAAGCAGAAAAUCUUCAAAAAUUGAAAUCGAAUUUUCAGAUUGUUUAUUGAAUAGCCCUGAUCGCGUUACCAUAUCACAGCAGCUAGAUACUGCAUUCAUAAAUCGUCGUCUAAGCUGCCCUGUCUAUGAUCAAACAAUAGAAACAAGCCAAGAAAGCGCUGCCAAAGACGAUAGUACUGUAUACUCUCAUCCAAAACGCUUAUCCUUACUGUCAAAAGCAAAAACCAUGAUCGAUUCGAGCACAUCAAAUCAUUCCUGCAGCACUACAAACGUUCGACUGUUUUCAAAGAGCUGCCCUCGCUCAUUAACUCAACAAAGACCAAGACUAAAAAAGACAAGUGACAUUAGCAACAGCAACAGUAGUAGCAGUAGUAGUAUCCACUCUCUCAUCGCGUCCUCUACCACGUCAAUUUCUUCAUCAAGCUCUGGUCCGGCAACUCCCGACAAUGAAUGCCAUCUAGGUAGUGUGCUUACACCCAAUGCGAGCAAGUGCAUCAUUAAUUUUGGCAAUAUCAAACCAAGAAGCUUUAAAAUGAAGCGUCGGUGUAACCCAAAGCAGGAGUUAAAAGCGUUAUCUCUAUGGCAACAGGAGUUGAUAAAAGCCCUUGAACCAGACAGGUACACAUUACCGAAAAUAGAUGUUAAUAUGUUUUCUGAUAAAAGGGAAAGAUACUCUCAAACCAGAAAGUUUAUCCUUCGCGAAUUCUAUACAACAGAAGUCAAUUUUUGGAAUCAAUUAAACUAUGCAAAAGUGAUGUUUUGUGAUCCACUCGUAGAUGCAUUAGAAAGAAAUAUUUCGCUUGUAAAGCCGGCUGAUAUUGACUUGUUUGCAAACCUUGAAGACUUGAUGAAAUUCUCACUUACGCUCAUUUAUCGUCUAAGAAAGUUAGAGCUUGAACAAAGAAGUAAAAAUAGCUCAAGAAGCAAUGUUUGGCCUAUAUCCGACAUUAACGUAGGGUCUGUGCUACGUGAUAUGGCUGAGUUAAUGGUAGUCUUCUUACGGUGUGCCUUGGACUAUAGAGCCAAUAGAGAACUGAUUGACAAGAAGCAUCAGCAUAAAGUAUAUACAGUAUACAAGGAGAAACUCGCAUUAAGGAAAGAGACACGUCAAUUUACUUUUGAAGAUUAUCUGAUUAUUCCCAUUCAACGUAUUACCCGUUAUGGUCUUUUGCUUGCAGACUUGGAAAAACAUACUGAAGCUUCUCAUCCUGAUUACGAAGAUAUCAGAAUAUCUCGUAAAAUUGUUCAAAGUCUAGCAUCCACUAUGAAUCUCGUACAAAAAUAGACAACCCAUUUGUAAUGAGAACAGCAUGUAAAAAUAACUGCAUUAUUUCCUUUAUCAUUUCAUUCUUCACUUCCUUCAAUGAAAAAUACCAACACCCUCUUUACCUUCCUUUUAUACUUUGUAAU